ACAAGACCACUAGAAAAAUAGUCUGCAACAAUGUAGAGGCAGACAGUGCUUUGACUUACAAGACUUAAAACUUUUUUGUUGCUUUUUUUUGUUGUUUUUUGGCUUUUUUUUAAACCAUAGAUUACUUAUUUCCAAACCACUGUCACCUUCAUAAAUGUUUGGAAAAGUCUUCUUUGGUGUCUUUGGGAAGAUGAUAAAUACUGAGUCUUGAUCAGUCUGUUUUUGACCAGAUGCAGCUGACUGGUCCAGACACCUYCAAGCUUUGGGAGGGGAUCUGGCAUCUGGAGAAGUCAUGAUUCUGUAGAGAUCCUUUAGAGAAGGAAUUUGGGUCCUUUAGAGUAGUCAGGGAAUGAGGGCCCCAAACUCACUGGCCAGCUGGGAUUGUUUUGAAGUGUGUAUAUUCUGAUGACGGAAUUUGAGGUUUUAAUGUUAGGGAUUUUGUUUUCUCUUUUUUCCUUUUUUUCUUGUUUUUCUGGAUUGUCUUGUUUUGUUUUGUUCUUUUAAAUUCCUGUGGAGACAAUUCCAUUCCAGCCUUGUUUUAAUAAGCAGAAUUUUUUGGAUCAGGCCUAAUUCCCUUGUGCUGUUCUGUAUGGCAGUAUGGACAGUGUGCCCUGCUGCUCAUAGAAUCAUUAAGGUUGGAAAAGACCUUCAAGAUCAUCAAGUCCAACCAUUAACCAUGUUAAUGUCAAUCAUGUUGUGGUUUCUCCAGUGUUGAAUAUACUGUGCCAACAGGGAAUUUAAAAGUGGUGCUAAAUGGUUUGGAAGACCUUUUCCUAGAACUUGGUUGUUGAAGUUACUGCUCCUCAUAAAGAGURUGCAUAUGGUGUACUAUCUUCCAGUCCAGCUGUCAACUCUUUUCCUGAUUUCUGUUGUUGUUGUUUGUUCUUGAGGACUGGAGCAGAGGGAAAGGGGAAGUGGUUUUCUUAGCAUUCAUUCAACAGAGCAGUGUUCUUAUUAUCCUGGCUUUGUAAGGUCAUAAACAUUGAACAACACUGGUAGCUUUUAAGGGGUCUGCAGUUGUGGACUUGGAUAAAUUAAUUAGUCAUGAACCUGCGUCAGUUGGCUAAUUUCUGCCAAUGUUGAUUUUACAAAACCUUUGUAGCAUGGAAUAACUGAUGAAGAAUAAUUCUUAGCUGCGUAAGUAGUAUUCAAAUCAAAACAAAAAUAAUAUUUUAGUUGAAAAAUGUUGUGAAGCUAUGCAUCUUGGACCUGGGAGCUGUGACUUAAACGCAUAAGCUUCUGCUUUCAUUUCAUCGACCAUUUUAGAUUUGCUGUUCCAUGAGAACUAAAAGAAAAUAUUUGUGUCUUUCCCUUUUAUAUGCAUUUGCUUAAUCCUUUCCCUAAACUGGUAAUUUCUCUCRGCUUGUUUGGUUUCUGAAGCUAGUUUUUCAGUCUUAUUCUAGUUUAUUAGACUUACCUAGAAAGUGAGGAGGAAACAGCUUAUUAAGGUGGGCUUGUCUUCGGAGAACAUUUUAGGGAACCCUUUCUAAAACAGAAAUUGCCAAGCRUCUCCACUUAAUUGAGUGACUCAUGGCUCAUGAGUGCAGUAAACUUGAAUGUUUUGCAAAUGGGAGCUCGUUUCCUCCAGGUCUGCGUUCAGGGUUGGUAAAUGUUCCUGAGGUUGCAUGCUUGAGCUCUGACGCAUAGUCAAGAAUAAUAAAUCAGCUUUUCUGAGAAUCUGUCUUCKUAUUGCAAGUUCAGCCACAAAAUAAGCUUUUGCAUUUUUUGCAAUUAUUGGGAUUUAUGCCUUCCUGCCCAAGAGCUGAAUUUGACCACCUAUAAUUUUUCUCAUUUUGAGCAGUUUAGUUUUUCUGGUUUUCAGAAAUGCAGCAAACUAGAUCUGCACUAGUGUAUUCAGUUUCUGUUUUCAAGUAAGAUGAAAUUCAUUUUGUAGUGAAAAAAAUCUAUUCUAGUGUUCAUCUUGGAAAUCUAAAUUCAGAUGAACAGACCAAGUUAGUGAGCUCCACUAGAUACUGGGUAGACAUUUUCUUCCUGCUGUAUAUUUUGGCCUUAUGUUGAGRAGUUUGAUUUAUUAUUAAAUUAUUUGUGUAUGCAGACUUUAAUCUGUAUGUAUUUUAUUUUGAUGUAUUAGGAUUUGUAAAUAUUACUGAUUUUUAAAUAUUAUUUAUGCACAUACUUAAAGGACUGGUCUAUCCAGAAAAGCAAUUGCUAAAUAAUAAAYGUUACUUUUUAGAAAUAAAUUACAAGAUCAUGAAAUUGUAUAUCCCUCAGGGUUAUUUUUAAAGGUUUUUUUUCCUUUCCCUUCAGAUUCAAUUAGCAGUAACUCUAGUGUCAUGUAUUAUAGAACUAAAUCUACUGUAAAAAGGAAAUGCUGCAAAUAAUGCUUGAAUAGAAGCGGCUAAAAAAACCCACAGAACUGACUGUCCAUAUUCRUCGUAACUUUAAAUUGGAAACUCUUACUGUUGCACUUUUUAAAAGUUGUUGGAUUUUUAAUUCUAUUUAUUUUUUUUCUUUCUUCAUGAAGGUUGUGCUGAACAGUCAUCCCAAAUUGGGUAAAUGAUCCUGUACUGUAUAUGUGUAUGCAGUAUAAUACUAAUAAGCAGAUGUGGAGUCCUUUUUAUGCUGCAAAUUUUUAAUGCUUAUGUUGGUCAUCACAAAAUGAGAGAGCUCAAGUCCUGUASGAUUUCUCCCAUGAAAUUCUGAAUUGUAAACUUAGGGUUUUGUAUGUCUAAGGGAAAGCUGUGGGUUUUUGACAAUUUUUAGAGUCUUGAAUAUGUUGAUUUUAUAUACAGUAAAGCUUCAGGUUUUUAAAACUAUUUUCAACAAACUGCAGCUUGUUUAAUAAUUAUGUAAACCAGAAACUACUUAGUUUGUCAUGAAUUCCUCAAGCCUAACACAGAUUAAAAUGUUCAUCAUUAAAGCGCUCUCUAGAAGCUCAGCUUCGUUUUUAUUUUUAGAUCUGAAAUGAUACUACAUCUUUGUAUUUAAAAUAUGUAUUGCUGCUCUAGAAUGGUACCCUGUUGUCAAGAGGCAUACAUAACUGUACAAUAGAAUUGUAAAUAGACUUGUAAAUCAUUUUUGUGACUGAAGCUCUUUGAGAAUAAAAUUAAAAUGAAUGGAUAUUUUAACUCUUCUCAUUAGUUUCAUGAAAUUGUUCUUAAUUUUUCUUUAUAAAAUUAGAUGCAAAGCUUGUUGAAGAACACAUAUUUGUUCUGUGUCCUUGAUGUGAGGGAUACCUUGUUCAGCACCGCUGUGUUUUUGCAGAUGGGGUGGGAAGGGUGGAUGCUGUGUUAGUGUUCUGCAGUGGGAUCAGACUGACUGCAGCUUUACCUGGUGCCUUAUGAGAGCCAUUCUAAGGCCAGACCUUGUACAUGUGAUAGCAACUUGUUCCACCCUCGGUUAUUCAGAUAUUCCUUCUGUUUUGACACGAGGGAGGCRUGAUCUGAGCUGUCACCAUUGUCAUGGUCAUCUUCAGAAAAAGCACGUGCAAAUGAAGAUGUCUUUUCUGCCCUGUGGCUCACCUUCCAGUGAAUAUGGAAUGCCCAGUCAUGGCCAAAGCACAUUAUUUUAAACUUGAAGACAAGAUACUUAAAAUACCUUUUACUUAAUAACAAAAACUUACUCUUUAAAUUUUAGGCUUCUAUUUUUAAAACUUGGCUUUUCUGUUUCAGAUAUUUCAGGAUUUAGGUUUUGUUGGCCUGCCACUCCAGAAGACUUUAAGGACAAACGGGAACCAAAUAUGUCAACCUUAGCCAAAGCAUUAAGUAAAAAAACCCUUCAUUUUUUACUGAAACUGCUUUGAUUCCAAUCCUGCAAGGAAAUAUAAGUCAGARCACCUUUGUGAAGCUGAUGUUUCUGGCACUUCAACAAGGAUGUUGGUGUUUCAUUUGUCAGUGAUGAUCAAGCUUUUCUUCCASUUGGAGGCAUCUGUUUGUCCUGAGAAGUGCGACUGCUCUUCAAAAAAUGCAAUUUAUUGCUCUGGCCCCCACAUAAAAGACCUGGAAUCAUUAAAUCUGCCUUGCAACAUGACAGCAAUUCACAUAACAAAUGCUAAUGUAUCGUACCUGCMGGAUGUUUUUGCGAGGAUGGGGGACCUGCAGCAUCUCAUCCUGUCUUCAAACAACAUUGCUGUGGUUUCACCAAUGGCUUUUAAAGGCUUGGGAAGGCUGAAAGUCCUCAAACUGCUAGAUAAUAAACUGGCUGAACUUCCUCCAGAAGCAUUGGAUGACAUGGUACAGCUUCAACAACUGAUCAUUGAAAAUAACAGGUUGCAAUCCAUCGAGGAAAAUCAGUUUGACAGACUGGCUAGUUUGCAGGAGCUUUACUUGAAUAAAAACCAACUAACUGCACUUCCCAGUGGUGUGCUGAAGAAACUCACCAAACUCAGAGUACUGAACUUGUCAAGAAAUUACUUAUUAGCACUGCCUAGGAAUAUAUUUAGUGCAUUAGCCAGGCUUGAGAGACUGAUGCUGUAUAUUAACAGGCUGUCUUCAAUAGAGUCUGGUGUGUUUGAUAGCCUGAAGGAGCUGCAGGAGCUUUUCCUGCAUUCCAAUAACAUCCAUUCCAUUGCCCCUGAUGCAUUUCAUUGUCUUGGUAAACUGAGAACCCUGACACUGUCCAGAAACAGGCUUCAGGUGUUGCCUUCUGGGCUCUUUUUGCACUUGCAUGACCUGUCUAAACUGACCUUGUACAGGAACCCACUGAAGUCUCUUCCAGAAGUAUUGUUUGGAGAAAUGAGGCAUCUUGGUAGCCUGUGGCUGUAUCACACAAAGCUCUCAACAAUACCAGAUUUUGUGUUCAGCAACUUGACAAAUUUAGAGCUUCUCGUGCUGAGUUUUAACCCAGAGCUUACRGUUCUUCCUAGGAAUGUAUUCAGUGGCCUGAAUGAACUGCGGGGCCUUUCUCUGCAUACAAGUAACAUUUCCAGUUUGCCAGAGGGAAUCUUUCUGAGCCUUCAGAAACUGCAGAACAUUUCCCUCUUUGAUACGAGGCUUGAGGUUCUUCCUAGAAACCUCUUUCAUAAUCUCAAGCARCUCCAGAAAGUUUACCUGAAUGGUACUAACCUUCAGUGGCUUCCUGCAGACUUCUUUACUGCUUUACCUGAGCUGGAAGACGUUGUCCUUGAUGGCAACCCUUGGAAAUGCGAUUGCCAAAUUCUUGGCUUCCGAGAUUGGCUUCAAAAGAGCAUGAUGAUAGUUAAAAAUGUGCCAUCCCUAACGUGCCACAGCCCAAUGGCCCUGCAGAAUAUUCCUCUGGUGUCUCUGAGCAUCGAUGACCCAGAGUGCCUGGCAGCCACAGCCAUGACACAUCAGACAUUGAGCUCAUCUUACUCCCAGACUCUGACAUCUCCUGUGACAGAGCACUUCACAUCCUCUGGGGAGGCUGCUGUAACAAUGGUGUCCGACGUGGAAAUCAUCAGCACACCCACAUCACUUCCUCCUGCARCUCCAGGUUUUACCUACUCUCAUGUUGAAGAUGUCAGACAACCUGGGUUUCAUUUCUCAGAUGUUCCAGUCCAAACUUCUCCCAGCAUUGUAGCACGAACCAACAGCGUCAGAGGGACAGAUUUAACUACUCUUGUCUGGUGGGAUGAAUUUCCAGCCCACAGCAGUGCUAAAUCCUAUUUUAAUCCCAGAGUUACUUAUUGCCAGCUGUUCUUGUGCCUUCACAGUUUGAUUUUAGCACUCCAGAUUGUAGUCAUUGUGCUCAGUCUGUAUGUGAUGGGUAAAACCAGGCAGCUCUUGCACUCCAGAAAUAUUCUUGCUCACCCUGUAGUUCUGAUAAGAAUAAKAAGAAGAUAGAGAAAUCUAGCCCAAGAAAGAACUAGAAGUGGAUGCUUUUGGAACAUUUGAGCAGUUAAUACUCAAUUCAGAUCUGGAUUACAAAUAUUCRUAGCAAAGACCAUGAAGACCUUGUGUUUACAACAAAAUGGAAAUGAGUUCUAUACAUCUCACAGCAUUUGCCAAGAGUGGCUGUAAUCACUGUAAAAUUGCUACAGCACAUGGUGCACAAACCCAGAGGGUGAGAUGAAAGUAUCUGUGGUCACCUCAACACGUGUGCUGUGGGUUUCCUGCUUUGCACUGCAGCCCUGUCCCUGCCAGAGGCUGCUGCCUGCCAAGUGGAGUGCCAUCAACACAGGAACCCUUACGUAGGAACAGAGCUUCAACYGUGCCUCAGAGAUUGCCCAAAGUACUCCAGGGCUUGGACCUUAUCUGCCUUAUACUGCCUGCUAUGUUUUGUCCCUUUACUGAGAAAACAAAUGGUAUUUUUGGGAAGAGAUGCUGGGAAGAACCUUUAAGCAACAGGGAUGUGGGCAGAAUGGUGUGGUGCAAGUGUCUUAACUUUUGCUUUCUGUCCUCAGCCGCUUUCCAGGAUGUGGCAUGAGGAAGGGGCAYYAAUUAAAGCURACAGCAGAGGAAGAUGCUGAGCUAGGAAGUAUAAUCGUGAUGUAUUUUAUUGUUUGCUUGGAGGUUUUCUGGAAAUUUUGUAAAAUUACUACAACUCUGAAUUUUAAGUAAACACUUUCAUCCUUAAACUUUGGCCAGUGGUCUGAAAAAACAAGGUGUUACUGGUUCAUGACGCAGGGAAUCUUGAAACCAGAGCACCAGGCAGAUGCCCAGGACUGAGGAUGGACUCCACAGGGAUGAAUUGGUUUGAGAGCUGCUCUUGACUGAGCUGGGAGAGAAGGGAAUGGUCUCUCAUGGGCUUGGCUAGGAAAACAGCACCGUGCRGCCGAGGGGCAGGGAGCCUGCCUGAACUGAAGGCUGUGAAGUUGUCACCUCUGUUUUGAAGUUGGCUGGGUAAUGUCCACAAAUCCAUCAGCUUGGAGUGUGCAGUUGCAUUUUCAGUCUUACUAUUUUUUACCUUAUAUCAUAGUGCUAUUCUCAUCCUCUUCAAGUGUUGAUGUGAAAAGGCAACUAUAAGGCAAUAGGGUGUGUUUGUCUUUAUACUAAAAUUUUAUUAAUAUUUUGAAUUGUCUGAACAUUUUAGUUCAUAACUAGACUGGUAGUGUCAGCAUGCCUGUGCUUUGGUAAGUCUUGGAUUUAAC